AUGAUUUGCUCGAGGCAUUUGUUCUGUUUGGUCAUCAUUGCCAGUUAUGCCACCACGACGAUUUUGAGUCAGGACACGACCACUACGACCAGUUGUUUCAGUUCAGACGACAAAGUCAAGUGGAAUCGGACAUUCAAUUUUAACAAUCGAUCAUUGGUACUCAAAUUAGCUGUGACCGACGAACCGGCUCAUCGGAUUGUAAACUAUCUGUUCCAAUUGCUUGCCUAUGAACGCUUGGGAUAUAAAAACAUUGAGUUUGUAAAAUUAGAAACUGAAUCCAUUCGAGAGACAAUCAAUCAUGUUCGAUGUCAAGACGAAAGCUGUACCCAGUUGCCGGCGGUCCAUUUGAAUCUGUUGCUUUGGCUUCCAAUCGGUGUGGAUGUGAACUACUGGGUACCUCCGUCUGCGGUGACAGAUCAUGGACCACUGGGACCAACUCGUCAGUGGGAAUUAUUGGCCAAUCCGAUUCACGUAAGCCGUAUUGAGAGCUGA